UUUAAAAAGGAGCCAGGCAGAGGUAGCUAUACUGACCUUGUUUAUGUAAAGCCAUAUUGCCGGAUCGCAACUUACCUCGUGGGCAUUGCCCAAGGCUACCUGAUUCAUAUUGAAAAAAAGAAUCCGGGAAAAAAUCCGUUGGUAAGUAUCCAGAGUCGAGGAGGAAAUUACAUUGCAGAUGACAACGCAGAAGGUGUAAAGAACAAUCCUAAAAUACUAGCCAUAACAAAAACCUCAUAGAAGACUGAACUUCCCAUAUGUAUUUAUUAGAACCAUAUGGAGCGCAUUUCGAUUGACUACCGUUGAACCAGAACUGAAUUAAUCACAAUAGCCAAUCAGAAGAAAGGAGAGCUGCAAAAGGAGCCAAUAAGAACUUCAUGUAAAAACAAGCAAACUGCUUGAAGCGCGGGAACCGGUUAGUGACAAAAUCGCUAUUGGUUUUCAUUUUGGAUCUGAUUGGUUGAGAAAGUGACUCGAGUUCUUUGGACCAAUCACAGCGAAAUAAGAGAAAACUUAGGCAUUUCCGGUUAGUUUCGACACUAAAAUCUUAUAAAACAAGAAAAUAAUUUAACUGCUGCUUUCAAAUUAUCUCAUUUUGUUUUGUCAUGUUUUCAGAGCAAGAUACCAAGACAGGUAGAAUGUCUUGUCGGUUGGUUUCUCAGUAUUGCACUGGGUGUUUCAGAUGUAUACGGUGUGUAUACAUUUUAAAAAGAAGACGGCCGGCCUCUCAUCAAGGCUGAGAAUAUAAUUUACGGCACCUUCAGUCGCUUUGUUUGGGGUCUGACCCUAGCUUGGGUUAUCUAUGCGUGUAACAAGGGUUAUGGAAGUAAGUGUCUCACAUGUUUUCCAGUCAUCAGAAAGGUAGCGCAGUUUAAGUCACUUUAGUAAUAAUCAAAUGAAUUUGAGAAUAUAUGAAGGGUCUGGAAAUGAGUUCAGGGUUUAAUUCCGAUUCCAUCAAGUCCUUUGGCUUUAUUAUCAGGAAUGUUCUUAAGAUCUUUAACCACCUGUUUCAAACUAAUUGGUGGGAUGUGGAAUACGGUUGAAUUAUUGAUGCGACUUUCUACAAAAUCAGUGAGUCGAUGAUUUUGUUUGUUAGUAUCCACUACUGGGAUAAUUAGAAUUAAAUCAAUAUCAUUCACUUUAGGUAUUUCUUUAAUCGAUUAGGUAAUUGGAAUUAGAAUUAAUACAAUUCACUUUAUGCAUUUCUUUUGGUUAAAAACAUACAAGAUUUAAACCAAACCGCAAUCAAAAUUUCGUCCAAAAUAGCUUGAAGGGUCAGCUAAUCGUAAACUUUUUAUUUUAAGACAUUUUAUUAUGUUGCUGUGAUAGUCAUGUCGUAUGCCGUAGCUUUCAUUCUCGCCAUCGGCGUGGAAUUUCCCACAAUGCGGGUAGAAAGUAUGUUUUUCUUCCGAUGCACGAAGCACGAAGUCACGGGACUGACACGAGCUACUGGCAACCAAGCGCGUUUGAGGAAAAUGGAUGUAUAG